AUGAAGGAAGAUAAUUUGAAUUCCUUUCGAGAUGCGUUUUCAAGUACACGACGCAAGCCCGAUCUUUCAAAAGCAUCCAAGUUCACAAACAAGGUCAAGGUGUUUACCGCGGACCAAUGCGACUCUCUUGUAACUCAGCUGGAUUCCCUUAGCUUGUCGAAGUAUGAUAAUGAAAUUGUAAAAGCCUUUUUCCAGAACUUGGCGGAGAACAAAAAGAUGAAGAAUUCAGACGCAAUUUGGUUCGCAAAGUUCGCUGCCGAGCUGAUUCGUCGCUACCCCUCAACUGUCCCCAUGUUCGAGGAGGAGUUCAACACUGUUUUCGCACAGUACAAAGCGCAGCCCAAGCAGCCAGUGAAUCGCAUGUUGUUUUACGUGUACUGCGAAUUGUGUCUAUUCGGGUGCAUCGGCAAGGAGAACGUCAUCGGCAAGGUCCUCCGGCUCUUUUCCGAAACCUCUCAAAACCCGUCAGUAACGCAGCUAAUGAUCUUAUUUGCGGUGCAGUACGGUUUUGAGUUCAUCGGCGUCUAUCCGACCUAUCUCAUCUCCGAAUUGGUGAUUCAAGAAGUCCUUCAGAACUACGCGCCGCUCAUCCAGCCAUCGCUCCAAGGCCGUUUUCUGAGUCUCUUCGCGGACUACCACUCCGCUCUCGUCAAGAAGGGCAACGAGGUCUGGGAACUUCAGUCCCAAUACCAUCGCGACGCACUGCAUCAAACAGCUCUGCGCGGCAUGGUCUCCGAGGAGCUCGAAGCCAAAGAAAAGGACGCUACGCAGCAAAUGAAGGAAUUGAAAAAUCAGUCCGAUUUCUGGAAUUCCAUAAUUCGCAGAAUCAGCGUUCUCUCCAAAGCCUUGAAUCUCGAAGAGCCGCAGUACAUCGAGAAGGACGUCCAGACGCGCAGCGGCUUCGAGGUAGUCCCGCGGGGAUUCUGCGAUUUAGUCGCUGACGGUUUUGGUCCCUGA